AUGCAGUUGGCUGUUCGGCUAGACUAUAGGGCCACCAACAUUGAGGUCGAGUACGAGGCGCUAAUAGCCAGUUUACAAGCCGCUUGGCACAUCAGAGCAGUCAAAGUCUUGAUCCAUUCGGAUUCUCAGUUGGCCGCUCAGCAGCUGUCCGGAGCGUUCGAGAUAAGCAACGUCCGACUCAAGCCCUACGCAGAGGUCUUUGAAAAACUGAAGUCCAACUUUCAAGAGGUCGUCAUACAGAAGAUCCCCCGAUCGAAAAAUCAGGCUGCAAAUGAAUUGGUCACGUUAGCUAGCUUGUUAACGCUGAUCGUCAUAGUAUACACUCCAACACGCACGACGCCAAAGGAGGGGACCGGUCUGACCCCAUUCCACCUGGUGUAUGACGAUGAAGCGGUCAUCCCCGUCGAGGUCAAAUUAGAGUCAGAUCGGGUGCAACAUUAUGAUAAAGGCAACGCCGAGCGGAGGCUUUUGGAGCUGGACUUGGUGAACGAAGCACGCACCAAAGCAGCCAUUCGGCCGAUGACGUAUCGACAGCGCAUGAAGCAAACCUACAACCGAAGGGUGAUCCCAAGGUCCUUCCAGGCCGGCGACCUCGUUUGGAAGAAAGUCAAGCCAGUCAGGAAUGCCACCAAGCUCGAAGCUCCAUGGGCAAGGCCUUUCAAGGUCGUUGAAAAUCUCCGCUCAGACGCUUAUUAUCUGGAGGAUGAGACGGGGAGGCGGCUCAAACGACCAUGGAGCGCAAACCAUCUUCAACCUUAUCGGGCCGGAUGA